AUGGCGCCAUCCAAGAGAACCCAGGCAAAGAAACCAAAAUCAUCACCGUCACCCUCCUCGACAACCUUACAGGAGCCUCCCCAACCGUUCAAGCGAGCUCCGGAGGUGAUGGCUCCCUUGCUCUCCACCCUCUCGCCAAAACAUGUCUACAUAACACACAUCGACAGCAAACCGGUCGAAUUCAAACGCAAGAUCUUCCUGGUACCCAUCGUCAUCAACCUCGCCAUCACUGCCCUCUUUGCUUACCGCAUGUAUCACAUUGGCCCCUGGUACUUCAAACUUAUAGCCUCAGCAUUCGGACAUUCCAAUGAGACCACCGUGCCUGUGGCCGAGUCCAGCUGGUCAGUCAUCGCCAGGAUAAUUGCGCGGAGGGCUUUUACAUUUUCGCUAGAUUGCUUGCUGUUCAUCUUCGUAUGGCCUUGGCCUGUGGAGUUCUGCUUCGACGGGUCGCACGGCAGUCCCCUUAUGUGGCGGUGGGGUGUGGGCUUCCGUGGCAAGGAAAUAUACAUCCGCCGCAGCAAACCGAAUUGGGACACCGACAUCAAGAAGGCUGUGAAAGGGGAUAAUGCCCAGGCCAGGAAUCUCUUGAUGAACCAUGUCGGCGUGGCUACAGCGCCGAUGUUGAUCAAUGAGAAGACUGGCUACUUGACGAUGAACAACGAAUGGGACCUGGACUGGGCGGCGAUGGUGAAGGCGACGAAAUUGGUGGAUGACAAGAGUAUCGCGCUGGAGGCAUUCAAAUUGAUGGUCGUGUUGCACCACGAAGACUACGGCUGGGUUUCCCUUGACCUGAAGAUGGAGGAAAAUGCACAGGAUGUUGCACGCCGGACCCAGGUGUUUGCGUUUAGGGACGCGCUCGCAGCGGUGGGCAAGGAGGACCUGUUCUACCGAUGGAUCGAAAUUGUUCAGUUCGAGUCUACGCAACCGGGCGGGUUCGGUGCAGACAAACAGGUCGAAGUCGCCAAGCAGAUUCGGGAAUUGUUCGCAGAGCAGGGUAUCGACUUUGAUGAGUUCUGGAAGGAGAGCGUGGGCUCGGACGGUCUCGCCAACAUGUAG